AUGCUUUCUCGGUCAAUACGUGCAGAGACCCGAAGCCGGGCAAAAGAAGACAUCAAAAGAGUCAUAAAUGCAAUAGACAAAGUCAGAAAAUGGGAAAAAAGAUGGGUGACUAUUGGAGACACAACCAUGAAACUGUACAAAUGGGUCCCUGUAUCUAAUCAGGAACCCACCCAAGUAAGUAAUAGAAAUGGUGCCACUCAUCACAACAUAAUGUACAAGAGGAAAGGACCCAAUAAGCGACAUGAAAAGAAUGAAACAGACAAACCUUCUGAACCUGACAAUCAAGAUGGCAACAGUCAAGCUCGAUCAGUCUCGUCCAAGUCCCCGCCACUAGAUGGCAGCGUGUCUGCCAGUAGUGCCAACCAAGAUGGCAACAAGACCACUCCUCCUCCUCCUGCUUCUAGUGUAGCCAAUGCCUCCUCCUCCUCCUCCUCCUCCUCUGAAGCUAAGAACAAUGGCCACGACCCUUCUCCUGCAGCGGAUUCUGCAGCCGAUGUUACUUCUAACUGUUCCUCGCUGAUGCCUGGCAACGUGCCGCCCCUCGAGGACAGCCUAUCUGCCAAUGGCUCAUCCCUGUACACAGAUGAAGGGAACACAAUGCAGUCGCAGGGAUCCAACUACAGUGACAUGUACGGUGCUGGAAACACCUGUAUGAAUGAUGACUCCAACUCCAAUAUGUCAUUCCCAGACCAGUCAAAUCAGGAUUACUCACAGGAUAGCACUGAAGCCGAUCCUGACAUGCGAAUGGCAAGGAGCAUGAUGGGAGAAGAUAGGACUUCACAAACUAAAGAUAGUGCUGAAGACACAAAUGAUUCUGAACCUCCCGUAUUGGAGCCUGAGACAGAUUCUGCUCCAGCUGCAAAGCGUCAUCGCAGGGAAUCAGGUGGCUCCAGUUGA